GCAUCCAGCGCAGUGCCUCCCAGCGCUAGCGGGUCAUUAUCAUGCUCUCAAUGUGGAAACUGCUCACCGGUUUAUGCUCCUACCAGCACACUCGGCGAACACGCGCUUCAACAGACCUGCUUUUGGCACAGCAGUGGAGACCUAUGAAGAUCCCACUGAGGUUAAAGCUCACAUCUCACAUGCCAAGUCCACCGAGAGUUUCCUGGAAAUGCUACAGCCGUGGAUUUCCCGAUAUAAAUCGAGGGGCUAGGGCAGCGUGGAUAUAAUACGUCUCCGAAAAUGAAAAGGCUUUCUCGCAGAUUGACUUGGGCUUUGGCGGUACUACUGUGGGUAGCUGCGCUACUGUACUUGCUUUUAAGUAAACGAAAAGUGUCUGUUCUGGACUUACAAGAGGCUCGGGAGCGAAAGUUUUCAGAAGCAGACUGGGAUGACCUCCUGGACCAGUUUGAAGAGAAACACUACCUUAGUGCCCGAAGAUGGAAGCCCGGCCAAGAUCCAUACAAAUUAUAUGCCUUUAACCAGCGUGAGUGUGAACGGCUACCCAGCAACCGCGCUCUCCGAGAUACACGCCACUACAGAUGCUCCACCUUACACUAUUCUUCUGAACUUCCCUCCACAUCCAUCAUCAUCACCUUUCACAACGAGGCCAGGCCUACCUUGCUACGUACUCUCAGGAGUGUGCUCAACCGAACCCCCAUCCACCUGAUACAUGAAAUCAUACUGGUGGAUGACUUCAGUGAAGACUCUAAUGACUGCCUUCUGCUGACGAAGUUGCCCAAAGUGAAGUGCUUGCGAAAUGACCAGCGAGAGGGUCUAAUACGCUCCAGGGUCCGUGGGGCAGAUGCUGCUGGGGCCAGCGUCUUGACAUUCCUCGACAGCCACUGUGAAGUGAACAAAGACUGGCUCCCCCCUCUUCUUCAGAGAAUGAAGGAGAAUCCAACUCGUGUGGUGAGCCCCGUCAUCGACAUCAUCAACAUGGACACUUUUGCUUAUGUGGCAGCUUCGUCUGACCUCCGAGGAGGCUUUGACUGGAGUCUGCAUUUCAAGUGGGAGCAGUUGUCUGCUGAACAGAAAGCAAAGAGAGCUGACCCCACGGAGCCUAUUAAGACCCCAGUCAUUGCUGGUGGACUGUUCAUGAUUGACAAGAACUGGUUUAAUCACCUGGGAAAGUAUGAUACAGCCAUGGACAUCUGGGGAGGGGAAAACUUUGAGAUCUCCUUUCGUGUCUGGAUGUGUGGCGGCAGCCUGGAAAUUAUCCCCUGCAGCCGGGUUGGUCAUGUCUUCCGCAAGAAGCAUCCAUACAUCUUCCCUGAAGGCAAUGCCAAUACGUACAUAAAGAACACGAGGCGGACAGCUGAAGUUUGGAUGGAUGAAUUCAAACUAUUUUACUAUGCAGCACGACCAGCUGCCCGAGGAAAAACUUAUGGAGACAUCCAGGGCAGGCAAGAACUCCGGAAAAGGCUUAAAUGCAGAUCUUUCAAAUGGUACCUGGACAACGUUUAUCCUGAGCUAACAAUCCCAGAUGACUCAGACUCAAAGUCUGGCAUGAUCAGGCAGAGGCAAAACUGCCUUGAGUCUCGCAAGGUAGAAGGCCAGGAUUUGCCAGUGCUGGCACUAGGACCCUGCAUGGGCAGCAAGGGAGACCCUGCUCUGAGCCAGGAAUGGACAUACACGCACAGCCAGCAGAUUCGCCAGCAGCAGCACUGCCUGUCUCUCUCCACCAACUUCCCGGCUUCGCAGAUCCUGCUUUUGCCUUGCAACGCAGAAGAUGGUAAGCAGAGAUGGCAGAAAUCUGGCUCACACAUUGAACAUUUGGUUUCUCACUUCUGCUUGGAUAGUGAGAUGGCCCUGGAUGAAUCUGAGAGCAACAAGAUGCUUGUAAUAAACCCAUGUGAGCUGACAGCUUUCACCCAAAGAUGGGAAAUGGCAUUUUCCUGAUUCUGGAAGAUGGAUCGCAAUGAUCACACCCCAGAGGUGCUAAGGGACUGACAGCAUCUUAUCUGUUUCAGAAUAUUGUUGGCAGAGCCUACAAGAAAGUAGACACCAAUGAUGAUGGAUACAACGACUUUGUUUCUUCUUGGUUGUCAGUUUGUAGAGUUCACCUAUACCUGAUUUAAGGGUGAAUUUUUUAGGUCUCUGGCUAUUGCUAAGCACGCUUCAAAAUAGGUUACUGGAAUUCUAGUCUGAUGUCAUGUGGCUAGAUUCUGUAGCAAGACCCACUGAAAACUGACAGAAGAACAAUGGGGAAUUUUCAGUGAUUACUCUUCAGUUUUCAAUUCUUAUUGUUGGAUGAUUAGCCUCCACUGGAUGCCAAUUUGUAUAAUGUCUGGGCUACUGGAUUUUAAGAAAAUAAUGGAUACUAAACAUGAUCAAAAGCAUGCCCAACCUUCUUCCUGACUGUGGAUUGGGACACCAUGUGAUACAGUAUGUCAAAAAACCUGGGAGGGAGCCUUAAUUUACUCAUGUAAAAUUAAAUGGAUAUAUAGUUUAAAAAUCUUCUCUUGGAUCUAGGUGCUACAGUAUCUGUAAUUUUGGAGUAGCUAGUAACUUCAACAAAAGAAAAAAUAUUUCCAUCCAAAGGGCUGCCACUGCAAAAAUAUCAAGAUCACUCUUUUGUUUUAGAAAAGGAAUACACUUUCCUUGCAACAGGGAACAUUUCUUUCAUUGGAAAUGGGGAAUAGAACACGUAUUGGAAAUGAUGGUUACUGUGCUUAUAUUUUGAGGCAGAAACAGUAUUGUUGUGUAUUGGUCAGUCACUUCAAAUGUUCUGAUGUUUUUUCAUUCUGAAAUUGGGUUAUUCCAGUGCUCUUUGUGUUUUUUGGAAAGUUCUUGGGUAAUGUGACACAAAAGAAAAAGUUUGAAAUUUUUUCUCUCCUCGCUUGUCUAUCAGCCAGUUGCCAUGACUACACGGCUGGAAGUCUGCUCCACUUGUGCCCAAUUUAGAACCACACCUGACUUAAGAGGAACAGACUAUUUAAGAUCUGCCUUGGCAGGGCUCUGUGCUCUGUUAUAGAAUUUUGAUCUGAGCCUAAGCUUCGUUCCCCUCUUUUUUCAUAUUCCUUGCUUUGUGUUUUGUCCUGGAUUCUCAACCCUUACUUUGCUCUGACGUCCCUUUUGAGGUUUUGAAGUGUGAUAAUCAGUAGAAACUUGGCUGUGUUCUUGACGACGACUCUGGACUGUGUUUUCGUGAUUGUUAUUACUGCACCAGCCUGUUUAUCAUGCCUGCUUGUGCCUUCUCACUUGCCUACCUUCAGGUACUUCAUGCAACUCAGAGAGGCUCUUUAACCCCAGUAUAAAAUGCACAUUACAUACAUAACAUGACACAUAUUACCACAUGACCAUGACACAUAUAUUACCGCACAUACAGUAAUAUACUCUUUGUUUCUUACAUGGAAAUCCCAUUUCAUUAAUUUCAUACAGCAUGUCCCCGGGAAAAAAUGUUCUUUGCAUGUUGGACCAAAAUCCUUUUCAUAGAGCACAUCAGCGUUCCAACACAUGCAGGAUUCAUUCAUGUGAAGCAGGAUUCAUCAAUCCACUUAAUGUUUUAAAUCAUUUCCAAUGGCAAAUAAUUUCCAAUGGCCUAGUAAACACCUAGGCCACUGUUUAGUCUCACUUGUUUAAAAUUAAAUGAUCUGUGAUUUGUAUGUAAAAAUACAGAUUGUUCAGAGCAUGGUUUCCUUUGCAUUAUCUGUGUGCUUACCCAAAUUAUAUGAUGGUUGUUGACCUCCA